UUACGCAUGCGCAUUAUGUUCAAAAUAAAUCUCGCCAUUUUAAGCAAAAUGAUUUAUAGUAUUAGUAGUGUAACUUGCAUCUCAUAAUGCCGUCGUUUGAAGACAAUUUUUGGGGGGAAAAGAACAAUGGGUUUGAUGUACUCUACCAGAACAUGAAACAUGGUGCUACAUCCAGCAAGGAAUUGGUGGAAUUUUUGAGGGAAAGUUGCACUAUUGAAGAAACGUACUCCAAAGCUUUGGGAAAGCUAGCAAAUAAAGCAGGCAAUUUUAGUGCUGUAGGAACCUUUUCUCCCUUCUGGCAAGCUUUAAAGACUUUAGCAGAAAAACUAUCCAUCCUGCAUGCAGAACUCGUUCAUCAGUGGCAAGAUUUGAUCAAAGAAGUUCAGAAAUACACAGACACACUCAAUAAAAAGCACAAGCAAGUUAAAGAAAGUGAAGCUGCCACAUCAGAGGUUGUUCAGGCAAUACAACAGACGAUUGUAGCUUUGCAUAAGUCCAAAGAAACAUACCAAGCAAGGUGUUUAGAUUAUGAAAAAUUAAAGCGAGAAAAUGCUGCUCAAAAGGAUAUUGAGAAGGCAGAAGUCAAAUUUAAGAAAGCUAGUGAAGACUAUAGAAGUUUUGUAGAGAAGUAUGCCAAUAUAAGAAAUGAUUUUGAAAGCAAAAUGACAGAUUCUUGUCGGAAUUUUCAAGAAAUAGAAGUAGAAUAUUUAUCAAAAAUGAAAGAUUUCAUAGACAGUUAUGCAAGGGCCCUUGGAGAUCAGCAUGUGAAAAAAGGGGAGGUUCAAGAAGAAUUUCGAAAUAGCUGUUGUGAUUUGGCAGUGGAGAAAUUAUUAGAGACUUUUAUUGAGGGUAAAAGUACAGGUCAAGAAAAGCCAGGUCCCAUAGAAUUUGAAGAGGCAGAUCUGUCUAGUUUGCCACCCCCUGCCGCCUCACCAGACUUGUCAGAAAAACGGGAGAGUAUAGAAAAACAGAGAAAAGAAGAUGUUUUCAUGCAGAUCACAGAUAACAUCACAGGUUAUUUCUUUUCUUCCCCACUGGUCAAAGUUUGGACACCUAAUUCCCACUUCAUGUCUGAUAUCCUGAACAUGUCAGCCUCUUGCUUCUCCCGCUUUAUGCUUUAUAUUAUUGAUUUAUUUAUUAUUUUUUUUAAUCAAUUAUUGUAUUUUUUUUUAAUAACCUUUACACUUAAUGUGGUGUUUGUAACUUCCCUGCCCCUGCUUGUAUCACCUGUAGGCAGUAACCCUGUACACAGGCCACUGAUUUGUGGCGCUACCAUUAAGGCAUGUCUCCUGUUCCUUUCAGAAACUGCUAGCAACCUGGCAGACUCCAAAGAGCGUGGUUUGACCACUGUAAUGAAGAUUCAGUCACUGAUGCAUUUGGUGUGGAGACUGGACAUGGAACAGAAUGAACAAAAUGAACAAGGAGAAGAUGCCGUGCAUGCUCCUGAGGUGGAUGAAGAGGGCUUCAGGAUUAGGCCAGAGGAGGCACCUGCAACAGAAGACAAAGACGGUUGGUUUUCAAGCUCAGAAUCGGAGUCAGAUCAUGAGGAUGAAAAGCGUAAGAUCAAAGUUGAGAUCAGGCCUCUCGGCACAAAGGGUCCAGCAGCCACUGGCACUGUGGAAGAUAUUAGAGCAUCCAUGGGGAAUUUAAGGUUGUCCCCUACAGCUUCUAAGAGGCGGAGUGCAGCAAUGGAAAAUGGAAUGAAACGAUCACAGUCAGUCUCAGAAACUAUGCAUGUGAAGAAACAAACCAACAGUGUAGUGGAUCUGUUAGACAUAGACUUUAACCCCUCGUCAAGUGCAUCAACACCUACUGGUGGCAACUACAGCUCAUUUCCCUCACCUUUAUUACCAGGCAGCACCACAGGGGAGAGCUCAGCAUCUACCACUCCUGUCACGGCUACAGGAGAGGCCUUCGGACCAGCAAGCUCAGAGAGCUCUCCAGCUUUAUCAACAAGGCCAAGGUCCAACACACCAUCAGGCAGCUUGGAUGGUACAUCAGUGAUACCUGGCCCACCAACAGGAAGGCCAAGGUCCAACACCCCAUCAGGCAGCCUAGAUGGCACCACGGCAAUCCCAGGCCCACCUCCAAGGCCCAGGCCAAAUACUCCAUCGGGCAGUUUAGAUGGGGCACCUGCCUUGCCGGGUCCGCCUGCACCAAGACCAGUACCUAGAACUAAGCCAGGAGCUCCUCAGGUUUCUAACAGACCAUCUGGGAUGAUAAGUCCAGCAUUUGGCAGGAUAGACAGCCAGGGUAGUUUGUCUUCAGCCACUUUCAACACCACGUCAGCCCCAGUGGGAGCCUCCAGGGGGCCAAGUCCUCUCACCAUUGGGCUCUCAGACACCAUUCCAUUAGCUAUAGCUUUUACAGAAACUGUCAAUGCAUAUUUUAAAGGCUCAGAUGAAUCACGGUGCUUAGUGAAGAUAACAGGAGACCUCAUGAUGUCUUUCCCUGCUGGUAUUGUGAAAGCCAUCAUGGAUAACCCUGCCCCAGCAGUUUUGUCAUUUAGAAUAAAAAAUAUCCACCAACUAGAACAAGUCAUAUCAAAUAAGCAACUAGUGACAGAGGAACCCACAGACAACAUAUCACGGAGUUCAUUGUAUUCUUUCAAUAUGUCUGCACUGGCAGAACAUCUGAAAAUGCAAUCAGAGACAAACAAAUCAGCCUCCUAUUUCAACAUUGAUAUCCUUAAAUAUCAGGUGAGAACCUUACCUGGUGUGCAGAGCACCCCUCUUCAGAUAGUCACCUACUGGAAGUGUGAGCCAUCGUCUACAGAUCUCCGUGUAGACUACAGGUACAAUGGUGCUGCUAUGAGCAAGCCAUCUCCUUUGACAGGAGUGUCAGUGGCUGUGCCAGUAGAUGGAGAUGUGCAGUUAAUGCAGUCUAUUCCUCCUGGGACUUGGUCACAGGAACACAAACGUGCCAUGUGGAAACUGAAUGAAAUCUCUGAUAUGGGGGAGGAUGGAGGGACGGGGAAUCUAAGGGCUAAAUUUGAACUUGCCGAUGGACCAAGUUCACCAGGUGCAGUGGCUGUGCAGUUCUCCUGUGAAAAUACCACUAUAUCAGGAAUUGACUUUGAACUAAGUGGAACAGGAUACAGGUUAUCUUUGUCCAAAAAGCGAUUUUCAUCAGGUAAAUAUUUAGCAGAGACUGAUUCUGAGGUUAGAUAUGUAUAAAACCAACACCAUUGUGCACAAGAAACAGAUUUUUUUACUCCUUGCUUAUGUAGGAAAAAAUUCAGCAAUCUUUCAUAUCUAGUCAGGGAAACAGGCGCCAAAUUUCUUUUUGGAAGCAAGCAAAAGAACAGUACUAUACCAAAGAUUGAAAUUUUUGGUGCAAUUUCAAGAGAAAGCCCUGGGAUACUGCAUUACAUUUGAAUUAGAUGCAUGACACAGAUGAAUGAGAGAGCAGCAUAUAAUAGAAUUUAUGUCAGAAUAUAUUUAGUUUUAAGGGCCUUCAUGUAUUCAUUAAAUCAUUAUUUUUAGUCCAUCAUUAUCAUUUCAUAUCUCACAAACUCCCAACUUAGAUAUUAUGUGGAAAAAAAUGACACCUAGACAUUUAAACCCUUUUAAUAUAGAAUUUAAAGAAUUUAAUAUUUUCAGUCUCUGUUUAUAGUAAGAAGUUAUAAAAAAACUAUUUAUGCCACUUUUGAUUUCUAAUUGUGUAAAUUGAUGAGGAGCUUGAAGAAAAGGCCAGGUUGAAGUUGCCCCAAACACUACUGGUUUGGGUUCACAUUGGGAUUUAAAAUUUUAGCCAAAUGCUUGAUAUACUUGUUUUUGCAAAGGAAGUUAUUUUCAUCAAAUUUAUUAUUGAUUGAAUUAAAAAGUACCUGAUGUGGCCCCAGUGAUUAGUUCAUGUUUUUAUUUAACAUUCCAUUGUAAAAAAACAACAGGUUUGAUUGAUAUGUAGGAUGUGAUUGCUCAUUGACAUAUAUUUAAUGUGUUUGGGUCAAUGAAAAGUACCUUUGCCAAAUUAUAGAAGUUCUGCUCAUUGAGUUUUUUGGAUUUGUUAGAAUUUUGUGUUUUAUCUGUUCUAUCAACUUUUGUCCCGUAACGUUUGUGUAUUCAUGUUGAUUUCAAACAGCAAUUCCUUGGUGCUUAGAAACGUCCAUGGGCAUACUGUUACUGAUGGUUUGUCUUCAGCUUAUCAGACCAGAAAGAUGAAAAAAUCCUUUACUUUUGGAUGUUUUGUGUGUCCUUGGCAGGUCAUAUAUAUAUAUUUUUUUUUUCAAUGAAGCAUUGAUUUGUAUCAUAUCCUUAAAGGGAUAAUAACUCUUCGUA